CGCUGCCGUUGGCUAACGUGGAAGUCGGACCCGCCUGCCGGGGAAGGAACCUACACCUAGCUGCUCAGCGAGUCCGGCGCUCGCGGCUGCGACGGUGCUUUUCGCGGCGCCACUCGGCCUUUCCUGAGAGGAAGUGAUGGGGCGCACGGGGUCCGGAGAGCGGGCGCCGGUGUAGCCCGCGCGGCGCCUGGCCCGGAGCGCGGCGGCUGGCGCGGGGAGGCCUGUGAGAGCCGCAGCCCAGAGCGCCCGGCCUCCCGCGCCAUGGCCCCCAUGGGCAUCCGCCUUUCCCCGCUGGGGGUGGCCGUGUUUUGCCUGUUGGGGCUCGGCGUGCUCUACCACCUCUACUCGGGCUUCCUGGCCGGCCGCAUUAGUCUCUUCGGCCUGGGCGGUGAGCCUGCGGGCGGCGCGGCGGGACCCCCGGCCGCGGCAGACGGGGGCGCAGUGGACUUGCGCGAGAUGCUGGCUGUGUCGGUGCUGGCCGCAGUCCGCGGCGGCAACGAGGUGAGGCGCGUCCGCGAGAGCAACGUCCUCCACGAGAAGUCCAAGGGGAAGACGCGCGAGGGAGCCGACGACAAGAUGACCAGCGGCGAUGUGCUGUCCAACCGCAAGAUGUUCUAUCUGCUCAAGACCGCCUUCCCCAGCGUGCAGAUAAAUACUGAGGAACACGUGGAUGCAGCUGAUCAGGAGGUUAUCUUGUGGGAUCAUAAGAUUCCUGACGAUAUCCUAAAGGAAGUAACUACUCCUAAAGAGGUACCAGCAGAAAGUGUUACUGUCUGGAUUGACCCACUUGAUGCUACCCAGGAAUAUACAGAGGAUCUUCGAAAGUAUGUCACUACUAUGGUGUGUGUGGCUGUAAAUGGUAAACCUGUGCUAGGAGUUAUACAUAAGCCAUUUUCCGAAUAUACAGCUUGGGCAAUGGUAGAUGGUGGUUCAAAUGUGAAAGCCCGCUCUUCCUACAAUGAGAAGACCCCAAGGAUCGUUGUGUCUCGUUCCCAUUCAGGGAUGGUCAAACAGGUCGCUCUUCAGACUUUUGGAAACCAGACUACAAUUAUCCCAGCUGGUGGUGCUGGUUAUAAAGUUUUAGCACUUUUGGAUGUCCCUGAUAAGAGUCAAGAAAAAGCUGAUUUGUAUAUCCAUGUGACAUACAUCAAAAAGUGGGAUAUAUGUGCUGGUAAUGCCAUCUUAAAAGCCCUUGGGGGGCAUAUGACUACUCUGAGUGGCGAAGAAAUCAGUUAUACCGGUUCAGACGGCAUUGAAGGGGGACUCCUUGCUAGCAUCAGAAUGAACCACCAGGCCCUGGUCAGAAAACUCCCAGAUCUAGAAAAGACAGGACAUAAGUAAGCAUAACUGAUUACAGGGUGCAGUUCUUCACAGCUGAGAUGGUUAGCCUGAAAUGCUGGAAGCUUCAAAAGAUUGAUGGAGACUAUGCAUGGUUAAGGCCAUCCCAAACUUUUUAAAGUAUUUAUGAAGCAUCAGAGACUUAUUUUCCCUGUAAUAGGAUGCAAGAUCAGGGAAAAUGUGUUGCUUUGUGUCUCAAGUAUUGUCUUUAUUUUUGAGACUAUUUUCAUACAGUUGUCAUACACAAGGCGCAUAUAUAUAUAUUUGUGAAUUAAAAUCUGUAGUUGAGUCUACAUUGUUACGAGUCACCAUUUUCACACAACGUGAAUCUUCACUGUUAGUACUUAAUAUAUAGAAUUUGGUUGAAGGAAAGAUUGAUUUUUGUGUAGAUGUUUAAUAUAACUUUACGAUUAUAUCUCAUUGAUAGUAGUCAUUGGGGAUUUUUACCUCUAAUUUGGAUGGAAAGCACAAGAAGCCACACACUCAAUAUGCAACAAAUGUUGUAUUUAUGUUUACUGAAUAUUUCUAUGGAUUAAAAUAGAAAAAGUUUAAUUUUUUCUUUGAAAUUUUAAUAACAGGUUCACCAGCUGAUAGAACAUAGAGACACAUGAUGGUUUGCAUUGUAAUAAUUUCUGUGUGUGUGUGCGUGUUGUUUUGUUUUUAUAAAGUAAAGUGUGUUUGUACCAGGAGUUCAACAUUUCCACCAUCUUGCUGUCGAUUUUCAUUUUCCCUAUGGAAGAUGCAUGGUUGCAUUCUUUUCCUUCUGACCAACAUUUAGUCUUAACUUUGUAAGGUUUGGUUUAAGGUUUCAGGGUUAGCACUACAAUUUUGGUUCAUUUUCUCAUUAAGGAUAAAAUAUGCUGUAAAGCACCAUAAGAAUAAAAAUGAUUCUAUUACAGUUGAAGUUACUUGACAUUACAUGAAUUGAACUGGCUUUCAUUAUUUUCAGACACUUUGUUUUAGCAUUUUUUUAAAAAUUUGCCAGGUUUGUAUAUAGAAGAUUAUCUCAUUAUCAAGAAUGAAUAUGGUUGCUUUUACCGUGGUUGCUUUUACUAUUAAUAAAUGUAUCUAGCCUAACCAAACUCUGAAAGUGUAGUAACUUUUGAGAUUCUCUUAAUUUCCCUUCAGAUUAAAAUAAUGAAGGUUGAAGGUACUUUUUGAUGAAAUUUUUUCUAUUCAGUCUGGUUAGAAAAAAAAGUUGUGACGUAAUCAUUGUGUCACCAAACUAGAAACUUGAUUUGUGAAUUAUCUUUCAUUGGGAUGUGUGGUUUCUCUCAGUGUGGUAUCUGGAAACUUCAUGUAAACUAUCCAUGCCAUUAUUUCAUAUGACUCCAGUGCCCUUGAAUCCCAUAGCAUACUGAUAAGGAGAGGGAUUUCACAUGGUUUCUUUCUUUUUUAAAUUUUUUAACCAUAAACCAGCUUUCCCUUUAUUUUCCUAUCUUGGAGGUAAAAUUGACCAAAGAAUGUACCUUCUAGCCUGGUGGAAUGUGCAUACUUUAGGUUUGUAUGUUACAUUGUCCAAAGCCCUUUACUUUCUUAUUAGUAAACUGAAUCUAACAUGAUAGAAAUAUUUUCACCCAAUCUCUUACAACUGGUCAAAUUCGAUAAGGUGGUGGGCCUCAUUAGUAGGACUUUUUAGUGAAAAUUCAUUCAAAGUUUUGGUAGUUGGAACACUUGAUAUUUAAAUAGGACUUGAGAAUUUUGAAAAGAGUAUCAGAGACCUCAUCUUUUCUACUUUGCAGUAAGAUGAAGAAACUUUCUUUUUCAGGAGAGACGGCAAAGGUACAUGCUGUUGCCAGAGUCCUGUGCUGUAAGCAUGUGUUAUAGUAUGUCAAAGUUAGGGAAAUGGGACUGGGAAGUAAAAAAUGGAAUUUAAUUUCAAUGUUAUGAGGGGACUCUAUGAUUUAGUGGGAAGCAAACUAGUUCAUAUUAACAGGAAUGAUUAUUUUAUUAUUUUUUGAGAUGGUGUUUCCCUCUUUUUGCUUAAGCUGGAGUGCAAUGGCAUGAUCUCAGCUCACCUCAGCCUCUGCCUCCCAAGUUCUCUCCUGCCUCAGCCUCCCGAGUAGCUGGGAUUACAGGCAUGCACCACCAGGCCCAGCUAAUUUUUUUGUAUUGUUAGUAGAGACGGGGUUUCUCCAUGUUGGUCAGGCUGGUCUCGAAUGCCUGACCUCAGGUGAUCUGCCCACCUCAGCCUCCCAAAGUGAUGAUUUUACUUUUAAUUUUUUUAAUCUGCAUGUAGAUAAUGCCUUUGUGAAGGUUAUGUGUUGUGUGCAAAACUUAACAAUAUUGGCUGAGAGUUAAAUACAUUCUUUUAUAGUAUGUUGAGUAUAGUCCAGUUAUGAUUUUUAAGUACUUUUAUUAAAAGUUCAUUUUUAACAUUAUUUGUUCCUAAAAGCCAAUAUACUUUACAGAAUUAGGAACAGUAUAUUUAUUUCUACAAGAUGUUAUUGUGCCAGAGCAUACUAGUAAAACACCUACAUGAAUGAGUCAUGUAAUAUCUUCCAGAAUUACAUUAAAAUUAUUUCUAAAAAGUAGCAAAGUAAUUAACUACAUUUUACUUUUAAUACCUACACCUUACCAACUCCUGGUCUUGUCUUUACUGUUGCCCUUAUUUUGAGGCAGUUUUUCCUUAAAACAUGCACCACAAUACUAGAAGCAGUGACAUCAGUGAUCUCAGUACCUGUCAGCUGUCCUGCUCCUCUUCAUCUCCACCUGUGACCAUUUCCCUUGCCCAUUUAUGUUCUCCUUUAUCUCUGCUUCUCUUUCUUAGCCACGAGACUCCCCCUACAACUCUCACUCCCAAUUUUUUUUAGAUAUACAUUUUUCUGGAUAUUGGCUGCUCAAAUCUGAAGCUCUGGUAAAGUUCCUAGUGCGAGAGAGAAGUCCUGGUGGACGCCUAGUUAACUGUUACAUUGCAAAGACUCCUCAGAAAGUAAAGGAAAAUUACCUUCAAAACCACAAACCUUUAUGUUGUCAAGCCUAAUAUGAGUGUUCUGUAUUUCUUCCUACCCAUUGCUCAAGAAUGUACAUGCAGAAAAAAUUACAAGAGAGUUGGGUACUUAGGCAUGCUUGAGGAAACUUGCUUUUACUGUUUUCUUACUUGUAUCCCCAUUUCAGGUGAAUUUACAGUGGUCCUACAAGAUGGUCAUGUUUGUUUUGGUAUGUGCUAUACCAAUUUUAGUGUUUUUUUCUUGAUUUUAAAUCAGUAUUCAGUGGAUUGUUAUACUAUAUAAUGAAGUAACAAAAACAUUUUGGUUUGUAUGUUUAAAGUAACAGUUGUGCAAAUUCUUCCUGUUAGGUUCUCCCUUUAAGUAUUUUGUGAACUGUCAGAAGGAGACGCGUGGUGGCUAGGAAGAGGGUCAGAAAGAAGCUAGAGGGAGCUCAGGGGAAGGGUAACAGGGAGGGUGCAAAGCAAACAUUUACCCUGGUCACCCCGGGGUCAGGAUCUCUGCUCUUGUCUCAUAUUGAAUUCAAAAAAUGGAUUUCACUUCAGCUUUGAAGGUGACAGCCAUCUCUGAUAGCUGAGCAUAAGUAAAGAAAGGUGGAAUGCCAAUGCAAAACGGAAACCAGCUUUCCUCUCUUAGAUCGCACUUUGAAGAUGGACUUCUGGAGACAAUCUGACAGGUUAAAACAGGGACCGUUGGAAUUAUUCUAGCUGUAGCUACCUAUUGGCUAUGUGUUGAUUGAUCCUAGAAAAGAAAUAAUUUUUCAUCUUAGAUCUUGAUUGAAUUUAAGAUGUAUUUAUAUGCCUACAAAAAGUCUGUCUUGUAACUAUUGUAUAAAAUAAACCUAAUCUGUGGUUUCAUUUUUAAUCUAAAAAAAGUUGUGCCUUAUCAAUAGGGCAUUGUAUGGGCAAACAAUCUUUUUAGUAGAUGGGGAAAAUAGGAACUUUUUGCCAUUAAAACUUAAGUUCUUUUGAUGUUUUUAAUAUAGUUGGGGGAAAUUCAUUAAAAUUAAAUUGAAAUAAAAUUAUUUUUGCAUAACCUAGCAUUUACAACUGAAGUAUGUUUUUUAUAAGAACUGGCAUCUUGAUGUAUAUAGGUCUGAAAUAAUAUUUCACCUUUUGAUUUUUAAUAUUAGACCAGGUUAGAUCACACUUUUAGAAAUCUUAAAUAAAUUAUUUCAGUGUGCUGUUAUAUCUGUUCCCUUAGUCCUCUACAGUCAUUUUGAUUUAAAAAGUAGCUAUUUAUGAUAUAGCAUAUCAAUAAUCUAUUAAUGUUAAAAAAAAUACUGUGUACGACAUUACAAACCAGAACUGUUCCUACGGGAAGAGGAUUCUAAUUGAUUGGCAGUUCUGAGAGGGCAAGAAGAAUCGAACUUUGUACUUCAAAAGGAGGUUUUGGUUUUACGAUGUACUGCUUAUGUAAACUGUUUACUUUUUAUUUCAUCAAAGCCUGGCAGGUAUAUGCAUUCCAAUUUACCAUUGGCAAAGAUUUAGUUCUAUUUUUAAGGUUGGAUGUUGAGUUAAUUUUGUGGGAAAAUGAGAUUUGUAAGUAGUUUUCCUUCUAGCUAAGAUAACAUAAGCCAAACUUUCAGAAGUCAAGAAUGAUGAAUAAUAUUAAAACAACUUGUUAUGUAUUGUGUUUGUAAGGGUUUCCUUAAAAAGUAUCAUAACUAACAAUGUGUGUAAAUUGAAAAAGCAUAAACUGUGAUAUCUGAUUAGUAAUAUGUUCCCUUACAAUUCAUUUUGAGGUGUAUGUUAUACCCAUAGUAAAUUUUUAUUCAGGAAUGACUUGCUUGUUCUAUAUUUUUUUUAAAUAGGAAAUAAGACAUAGUGAGUUAUUACAUCAAUUGACCGGAUUAACCAUAUUUCAUCCCCCUCAUCACUGAAAUUAUUUCCUGUAGCCAACUUUCUUAUUCUUGUGUUAGGAGGGCACAUUUAUGAACUAAUUUCCAUGUGCCCUCUUGUCCACUACUGGCAGUAGUCAAAGCUAGCUGUUUCAGUUUCACAGAAGAGACAGCACUCUGCCAUGAUGACAGGGCACUGCUAGGGCUGGCUUUUCUGGUUUUCCCCUUUUUGGCAUUGUGGACUUCAGCAACUAUAAGUGUGUAUGCACAAGGGCUUGAGUUUAUGCUAAAACUAGGAAAUGGAGUUUUCAGCCUAUGUUCCUGCCUCUUCAUACUUUUAUUUUUUGUCAUCUUGCCUUAUACUGGGCUAACAAUGAGAUAAUUAAAAUAAAAAUACCUUUGAAUAUUCCUUUCCCUUUCAUAUAUUUAAAGCUAUGGAGGAACUAGACCAUUAGCUGUUGCUGUCACAUGCUUUCACAGCAGUUUACUUAGCAUGUUAUGACCUUUUUCACCCACACUACCAAAUUUAAAAGGGUCCCGACAUCACCCUCUGCAAGUAAGUAAACUCUCCUCCCUCCAUGGGUUGUAGAGCAGUUUUUACCUCCAAGCAGCACCUCUAUAUGUACUCUCAUUAAUUGUACAUUUCCUGAGAGGGAUUGCAUCUUGGUGAUUUUUGUAUUUCCUCCUCAACCCCAGCACCUAGCCCAGUUUUGCACAAAUUAAGUACUUAAUGUGUGUUGAACUAAAUUGAAUAAAGGAUUAUUAGUAUUA